AUGGCCACACAAGCAGCGACCGCAGCGCGGCAGUUUUGGGAUGGCGCCAACCCGGCUGCCCAGCAUAAGCGCACCCUGGCGCUCCUCGAUCCCACUAAGAUGGGCACCUGGCAGAUUGUCCGUCGUCCGCCUAUCGAGAAAGGAGCCGUGAUCCAGGGGUUGGUUCGUGCGCGGAACUCGAAUGCGUUCAAGACACAUCAGUGGAAGGAAGGUGUGCGCUUAAAAAAGGCCCUGAGUGCCGUGACACACGGCAAGAACAUCUUUGUCUAUCACAAUAUUCGCACGAACCAGGUGGUUUACUCGUUGACGCGGUAUCUGGAGAAAAACAAUGUCCUCAAACAGCUCAUCUACCACGGCAAAAAGACCGUCCCAGCAACCCUCCGAAAAGACAUGUGGGCCCCCUACUACUCCGUCCACUUCCAAGACAGCAAAGUCGGCCUCCGCGCCUUCCACCUCCUCCGUGAAUUCUCCAAGCAACGCCAGCUCGACCCGCCACGGGAGAUGAUCACAAUCACAGAAAAGUACCUGAACCAGAAGCGACCACGGGACCCGACAAAGGCCAAGGAGUUUGACGAGAAAUACGCCGACAAACUCGGCUGGCUCAUGGAGAAGAAGGACAGGGCCCGCGCCGUAAUGGACCAAAAGGCCACCAGCGUCGCCGACAUCGCGGCCGUCAUCGCAAUCCAGGAGAAGGAAAUCGAGGACGGAUUUGGCGAAUACAACCGCGGCCCUAUCAGCAUCAACGCACGGAAGCGCCGCGCAGCCGCCCGCAGAAAGGAAGCAGCCAAGGCCGCCGAGCACGCGGAGCGCAUCGCCAAAUUCACAAAGGCCAUCAGCUCGCCAAUCGCCGAGUUUAAGGUCGUGGAUCCCAAGGAGACCGACAACGCCGACGUGGUCGAGGCCGACACCGUCAAGAUCCUCUGGAACGACAUGCACGACGCCCGCCACGCACAGAGCUGGCCUAUCAAGGUCGUCCAUGGGGAGUUGGAUCUGAGCCGCGACCACGUUAUGGCGGGCCAGAAGCCCAUCAAGGGGGAGGUUCUUGCGAGCUAUGGAUUCAAGGAGAGGGAAGUUUCUGCUAACUAA